AUGAUAGAUCUCUAUUCUGGGUAUCAUCAGCUUAGAGUUAAGGAAGUUGAUGUUCAUAAGACUACAUUUAGGACUCAUUAUGAACAUUACGAGUUCUUAGUUAUGCCUUUUGGCCUGACAAAUACUCUGGAUACAUUUAUGGAUCUGAUGAACCGAGUCUUUCAGCUAUAUCUGGAUCAGUUCGUUAUGUUCUUCAUCGACGAUAUUCUGAUUUACACUAAGACCGAGGAUGAUCAUGAUAAGCAUCUUAGAGUAGUGCUUCAGAUACUCCGAGAGAAACAACUCUACACUAAGUUGAGCAAAUAUGAGUUCUGGUUGCGAGAGUUUGUCAAGGGGUUCUCUCUAGUUGCAGCUCCUUUGAAUAAGCUUCUGCGUAAGGGUGUUCCCUUCAUCUGGUCUGAUGCGCAACAAUCGAGCUUUGAGAAGCUCAAGUAUGUUCUGACUCAAGCUCAUGUACUGAUACAACCUAAUCUGACCGAUACUCAAUCUGAGAGGGUGAUUCAGAUACUGAAGGAUAUGCUUCGAAGUUGUGUAGUAGAUUUUCGAGGUAGUGGGGAGGAUUAUCUGCCGCUAGCUGAGUUCGCCUACAAUAACAGUCCUGAGUUGGUUUUUAAAAUCGAGGAUACGGUUAGACUAAUUCGGGAUCAUCUAAAGGUGGCUUCUGAUAGAAAUAAGUUUUAUGCAGAUCUGAAAAGAAGAGAUAUUGAGUACUCUGUGGGUGACUUCGUCUUUCUUAAGGUUUCUCCGUGGAAGAAAGUUCUGAGAUUCGAUUGUAAGGGCAAGUUGAACCCUAGGUUCAUUAGGCCAUAUCGGAUUCUGAAGCAUGUGGAACCAGUCACUUAUCAGUUGAAACUACCUCUAGAGUUAGACCGUAUCCACGAUGUAUUUCAUGUCUCGAUGUUGAGGCAGUAUCGACCUGAUCUAUUUUAUGUUAUUUCUGUUGAGGAGAUCGAGAUUAGACCAAAUUUGACUUUUGAGGAGUAG